CAGACUCACGUUCAGCCUUUCUGUCUACCUGUACCUUUCGCUUUCCAGCUUCACAAACUACUGCUCACAAUGUCGGACAGAGGAGCCUUCGAUACCAAUGUAAUCACGCUGACCAGGUUCGUCCUGGAGGAAGGACGGAAAGCCAAAGGGACAGGAGAGCUGACCACGCUCCUCAACUCCAUGUGCACAGCCAUCAAAGCGAUUUCCUCUGCAGUCAGGAAAGCAGGAAUCGCUAACCUGUAUGGGAUUGCAGGAAGCACAAACGUAACAGGAGACCAGGUGAAGAAGCUGGAUGUGUUGUCCAACGAUCUUGUCAUUAACAUGAUUAAGUCGUCGUUCACUUCCUGUGUGCUGGUCAGUGAGGAGGAUGACAAAGCUAUCAUCAUUGAGCCUGAACAAAGAGGUAAAUAUGUGGUUUGCUUCGAUCCGCUGGACGGCUCGUCCAACAUCGACUGUCUGGCUUCCAUUGGAACCAUUUUUGCCAUUUACAAAAAGGACAACAACAGUGAACCGAGUGAGAAGGAUGCCUUGCUGCCAGGUAGAAAUAUCGUUGCCGCGGGUUACGCCCUCUACGGCAGUGCCACCAUGCUGGUUCUGUCUACGGGUCAAGGAGUCAACUGCUUCAUGCUGGACCCUGCCAUAGGGGAGUUUAUUUUGGUGGACCGUGACGUGAAGAUUAAGAAGAAAGGAAAAAUUUACAGUCUUAAUGAGGGAUAUGCUCAGUAUUUUUACCCAGACGUCACAGAAUAUCUACAGAAGAAGAAAUUCCCAGAGGAUGGCAGUGCGCCGUACGGAGGGCGCUACGUGGGCUCCAUGGUGGCUGAUGUGCACAGGACGCUGGUCUAUGGAGGAAUCUUCCUGUAUCCAGCCAACGUUAAGAGUCCAAAGGGCAAGCUGAGGCUGCUUUAUGAGUGCAACCCCAUGGCCUUCGUCAUUGAGCAAGCUGGAGGAAUGGCCACCACAGGACCCAUGAACGUGCUGGACAUCCAGCCUGAGAGCAUCCACCAGAGGGCUCCUGUCGUGCUGGGUUCCCCUGAUGAUGUCAAGGAGUACAUUGCUAUUUACAAGAAACACGCCAAGUGAGACGGCGCAUGAUCAACACCCAGCCUAAACAGCAUAACCAGCAUGGGGAAUGAAAACCCUGCAGUAUGUACACCAUGUGAUGCCUGAUAUGUGUGUUUAACUUGUUGUGUGAAAUUCUACACAACAUCUAUACAAUACCUAAAAACGCUGGCAAUUUUCUGGUAAAUAUUUUACCUAUUUACUCUGCAUACACCCCUUUUCACAUUAAAUAUAUAUAUAUGUAUCAUAACAGGAUAAGCAUGAGGAUUUUUAUAAAAAUAUAGAAAUAAAGAUGAAUAAGCAUUCAAACACUUUA